CUCCCCUCCGUCUUCCCCACUCGCGCAACCCACGCACAACUGCAGCAGCAAGCAACGAACACGGGCCGUCCCGCACGCACAGAGCCAGGAAACCUCAAACCCACCUCCCCUCCCCCCUUCUCGGCAAGCCUCCAAAAAGCCAAGAUCUCCCGGCGCCCGGCGCAGUAAUGCUCGCCUGAUUGCGCUGGUCAUGGCGCCGCCACAGGAGCGGGACUACAUCGGGCUGUCGCCGGCCGCGGCGGCGGCGGCCACGGAGCUGCGCCUGGGGCUCCCGGGGACGGAGGACGCUGCUGGGGACGGCGGUGGAGCGGCGUCGGAGGCGCCGCUGACGCUGGAGCUUCUGUCCAAGGGCGGGGCGAAGCGCGGGUUCGCGGGCGCGGUGGCGGAGGAAGAGGACGAGAAGAAGAAGGCGCAGCCGCCGGCCGCCAAGGCACAGGUGGUAGGAUGGCCACCAAUCCGCAGUUACAGGAAGAACACCAUGGCGACCAACUUAUCUGCUCCCAGAAGCAAAGACGAGGCCGAGGCGAAGCAGACACCAGUACCGGAUUGCCUUUAUGUCAAGGUUAGCAUGGAUGGUGCUCCUUACCUCAGGAAGGUGGAUCUUAAGAUGUACAAGAACUACAAGGACCUCUCGCUGGAGCUGGAGAAAAAGUUCAGCGGCUUUACUGUUGGUCAUGGUGAAUCGACUGGAAAAUCGGGAAGAGAUGGAUUAUCUGAUUGUCGACUGAUGGAUCUUAAAAGCGGGACUGAACUUGUGCUCACUUAUGAGGAUAAGGAUGGCGAUUGGAUGCUUGUUGGUGAUGUUCCAUGGCGAAUGUUCACAGACAGCUGUAGGAGGAUGAGGAUCAUGAAGGGGUCAGAUGCAGUGGGCCUCGCUCCGAGGGCCGCCGAGAAGGGCAAGAACCAGAAAUAGCAAAAACGAUGAACCCGGUCCGUUUCCUGUGAUUCGCAUCAUCGUCGUACGAGGGUGAUGGACUUCAUGUGUGAUGAGAAAGGGAUUUACUUAUAUAUAUAACGUACGUGUAUUCUCUUUAUUAUUUCCUUGUAUGUUGGCUCGGAACAAGCAUGUUAGGUUGUGUAAGUUGAUGUGUGUGUAUCUACUACUACUGCACUAUUUUACUUUGAUCGCGCCGUGUGCUGUAUGUGGUUUGCGCUGUAAA